GCUCGAGACACCGCCCGGGCCGGGGAGCGCCCACCGGCUCCCCUCCCAGACCCAGCCCGCAGCGGGGCGGUGCCGGGGGUCGGAGGGCCCGAGCGGCCCGGGGCGCGUGCAGCGUAGCGCAAGCUCGAGGUCACGGCCGUUUCCUGCGGCCGCGACCGCGGCGCCCGCCUCACACCGGGUCUCAAAUACGGACACUGGGCCGCAGGCCACAUGAGCUUGUGCAGUGCUGAUGAGCAGCCAUCAAAAGGCAAACACGUAAAGAUCCUGCAAAGCGGAAGAAGGGGGAAGCAAGAGCCAAGCCACCACCCCUGAGCCGCCUGUGGCUCCACCACCCAGUGUUUCACUGUGAAGAGUCCGCUGUCUGGGCCCUUGGGUCACCACCGCCAUGAGUCUGGGCAUCAUGGAGGAGGAGGAUCUGGCCGAGUACUUCCGGCUCCAGUACGGGAAGCGGCUGCUACAGCUGCUGCAGAAGUUCCCCAACAUUGAGGAGCAGUUGGAGUCCCCAUCAAUCCAGCUAUUAGAGAAGAAAAAGGAGGUCAACAUCGUGCACCAAGCAAUGCAGCAGCAGAAGGAGAUAUUUCAGCGCAGAAUGGAGACCCUGAAACUGCGCUGGGAGGAACUGGGUGUCAAGGAGGCCCAGCUGAAGGCCCACAUCCAGAAGUUUGAGCAAUUCAUCCAGGAGAAUGACCAGAAACGGAUCCGUGCCCUGAAGAAAGCCAACAAGGAGCGCGAGCUCAAGAGGCAGUGCAUUCGAGAGCUGGCCGUGGCCACGCAGGAGAUGGCAGCCCUGCGGCUGGAGCACCAGCGGUUGAGCACCAAGCUGCAGGACUAUUCCAUCUUCAACAAGUACCUAGAGAGGGUGGUGGAGCACUCUGAGUUCGAAGAGAUCCACGAGGUGAUCGCGCGCUACAAGACCUUGGUGACCAUGCACCACGACCUCAUGCGGUCGGCGCAGGAGGGCCAGGAGAAGAUCGAGCGCGCCAAGGCGCAGCUGGCGCGCUACAUGGAGGAGAAGGACAACGAGAUCCUGCAGCACAACAAUGAGCUCGCACGCCUGCAAAUGCGCUUCGACCGCGCGCGCAGUGAUGUCAUCAUCUGGGAAUCUCGCUGGGCGCACAUCCAGAACACUGCUGCCAAGAAGACCCUCUUGCUUGGCACCAUUAAGAUGGCAACGCUGAACCUCUUCCAGAUUGUGAGCAAGCAGCUGAAGGAGACGACCGACGUGGACGUGACCCUGGAGGACACGCACAAGCAGCUGGACAAGAUCCAGCAGUUUAUCCAGGACCUGUCAGACAUCUGGGCAGAGGUGAAGAAGAAGGAACAACAGCAAAUUCGGGUUUAAGGAGUUGUGGUUCCAGAAUGUUCUGAUACAGACAAAGAGAGAAUAAGUUCCUGAUGAGCUUGCAGUACAGGCAUCCCAGUCCAUAUCUCUGGGACCCUGUGCCUUUCUGCUGGUGAACACCCUGCCAUUUUUCCCCUUGGCUUCAGUUUUUCUCAUCCCUAAAAAUAUUAAAUUCAU